AUCAAAGUGUCAUCGCGCGUGGUUAACAUGUCCAGUGAUAGGGACUAUAUUGGAUUUGCAACAUUGCCCGAGCAAGUACACAGAAAAUCAGUUAAAAGGGGAUUCGAAUUCACUUUGAUGGUAUUAGGAGAGAGUGGUCUUGGAAAGUCUACCUUAAUAAAUAGUCUAUUCCUGGGAGAUCUGUACAAAGAUCGACGAAUUCCUGAUGCUGCUGAACGUAUUGAGAAAACGACAACGAUAGAGAAAAAGACAAUGGAUAUCGAAGAACGUGGUGUCAGGCUACGUCUAACGAUUGUCGACACACCCGGAUUUGGUGACGCUGUGAACUGUGAGGACACUUGGAAAGCAUGCUCAGCCUAUAUUGACGAACAGUUCCGACAAUACUUCACGGACGAAAGUGGAUUAAAUAGGAAAAAUAUUCAAGACAACCGUGUACAUUGUUGCUUAUAUUUCAUACCUCCUUAUGGCCACGGACUCAGACAAAUUGAUCUGGAGGUAUUGAAACGAUUACAUCGUAAAGUGAACGUCGUCCCUGUAAUUGCGAAAGCCGAUACCUUGACUACUUGCGAGGUGAAAAAAUUGAAAGAACGAAUCCUUGCUGACAUCGAGGAGCAUGAGAUUCAGAUAUAUCAGUUUCCGGACUGUGAUAGUGACGAGGAUGAGGAAUUUAAGCAACAAGAUAAAGAACUAAAGGCGUGCAUCCCAUUCGCCGUGGUCGGCAGUUCAACGGUGCUCGAAGUCGCGGGGAAGAAAGUUCGUGGACGACAGUAUCCUUGGGGAGUUGUGGAAGUGGAGAACCCGAAACACAGCGAUUUUGUGAAACUAAGGACAAUGCUGAUAUCUACGCACAUGCAAGACUUGAAAGACGUCACACAGGAUGUGCAUUACGAGAAUUUCCGGGCACAAUGCAUUUCCCAAAUUUCACAGCAAGCGAUUCGGGAACGGAGUAAACUGAAAAGAGAUUCGGGUCCACAUUUCGAAAACAGUAUAUCCGACACAGACAGGUUACUUUUACAAAAGGACGAAGAGAUUCGAAGAAUGCAGGACAUUCUCGCGCAAAUGCAGGAAAAGUUAAAAGCUACGGGACAAGUUGGCCCAGGAAUUGGUUUAAGAGGGAGAGUUGGUAGUCUAGGAAACGACUUGGACGCCACCGACGUCGAAAAAAAACGCAACAGUAUUAUAGAUGUUUGAAAAC